AGGCAGCAUCUGUGGAUGGAAGGAACUGGUCAUUGUGUGCGGGCACUUUGCUUGCUCCGGCCGGGGUGGCCGCUGCGCAGUGCGGGGCAGCUCCGGUGGGUGGCGGUGUCCGUGGAGGACCGCCGUCUCCCCCCCACCCCCACCCUUGGGUGUUGCCUGGAGACCAGGGUGCGAUGCCAAUGGCGAUGGGCGGUGCCCUCGGCUAUCCGGCGCGGGCGGGCGGGCAGCAGCAGCAGCAGCAGUCGACACACGCUUGAACUAACCAGUUGUUUUGUUACAGUGGGAAGAAAUGGAAACAUUGUAGCGGCCGGUGUAGCAACAGCGAGAGGAGGAGCCGCUCCAGUAAAUGCGAGGUGUGGCCUUCUGUGUGAGGUUGAGGUUGACAUGUCACGAGUCUCAUCGUCCACCACCAAGCGGAUCGGGAACUACUCGAGCAGCAGCUUCACCAGCCCCCACUAUGGCUCCACGUACCACAGCUACAGCCCCAACCUGGGCACCAGUUACGCGGACAAGGACAAACUGCUCUACAAGCCGAUGUACACAGGCUACGUCCCCCGCGCCAACUCGGGCAGGGUGGCCAACAAGUAUGCCCUGGAGGUCGACCGUGGCCGGCAGCUCCCUCGGCCCGAGGUGCUGAGUAGACGCAGUGAAAGCUUGAGCCGGGCUCCCUUCAAGGCCUUCCCCGCUGGACUAAGCGGAGGGUACUCCAGCACCUACGGUUACAGCACGGGGAGCAGCCCUUCCACUUACACAUCGCCCGCAUUGUCCCUGAGUCGAAGGAAAUCCAUCAGUCAGACGGAACUAAACCGGGACCUGCUGAACCUCCACAUGGUGGAUACGUACCAGCUGAACACUGUGAAGAGCCCCUCGCUCAGUCGACGUGACGCAGACCCCCACCAGGUAUCCCGCAGGAGUGAGGUUGGAGAUGCCUACUGCACCAAGGGCUCUGGUGCUUAUGGCCUGCCACGCAGUGUGACCCAAGAGACCAUAACCGCUUCGUUCAAAAGCACGGACCGCUUCAGCCCAGCCUGGGAGAGGAGUGGGAGCAGCAGCAGCUGUGGGUCGCCCGUCCGAGACACACCAAAUUCUAAAACCAACCAGGGGCUUGUGGGACUUCGGAAUCUGGGCAACACUUGCUUCAUGAACUCCAUCUUGCAAUGUCUGAGCAACACCCGGGAACUGCGAGACUAUUGUAUUCAGAACAACUACCGUCGAGAGCUCAACAACCGGAGUCGCACCAACACAGCGCUCAUGGAAGAAUUUGCAAAGCUGCUCCAGGCUCUUUGGACAUCCUCCAGUAAUGACCCCAUCAGUCCUUCUGAGUUCAAAACGCAAAUCCAGAAAUAUGCUCCACGAUUUGUGGGUUACAAUCAACAGGACGCACAGGAGUUUCUCCGUUUCCUGCUGGACGGACUCCACAAUGAAGUGAACCGAGUGUCAGUGCGGACCAAGGCUAUAGUGGAGGACUUGGACCAUCUCAAUGAUGAUGAAAAAGGUAGAAGAAUGUGGAAGAAAUACCUCGACAGGGAAGACAGUCGGAUUGUAGAUCAUUUUGUGGGCCAAUUAAAAAGCUCUCUAACCUGCAGUGAGUGCGGCUACUGUUCCACAGUCUUUGACCCCUUCUGGGACUUGUCACUACCCAUCUCAAAGAAAAGCUAUGGAGAAGUUUCACUGAUGGAUUGUAUACGACUGUUCACCAAAGAGGAUGUUCUAGAUGGAGAUGAAAAACCAACCUGUUACAGAUGCAAAGUCCGAAGAAAAUGUACUAAGAAAUUCACAAUCCAGAAAUUUCCAAAGAUCCUAGUGCUUCAUUUGAAGCGAUUUUCUGAGGCACGGGUCCGUACUAGUAAACUUUCUACCUUUGUAAAUUUUCCCCUGAAGGAUCUUGACCUUCGAGAGUUCAGUUCUGACGGCAGUGUUCAUGCAGUUUACAAUCUCUAUGCUGUGUCCAAUCACUCGGGCACCACCAUGGGUGGCCACUACACUGCUUACUGCAAGCACCCACAGUCUGGAGAGUGGUACAACUUCAAUGACUCCAGGGUGACCCCAGUGUCAUCGAGCCAGAUAAGGACAAGUGAUGCCUAUGUUUUAUUCUAUGAACUUUCUUAUCCUUCCUCUCGGAUAUAACAAUCUCCGGACAUGAAAGAACGGGGAAAGCAAAGCAGCUUAAAACAAAAACUGUCUCGCAUCAAUGGCAAUAUUCUUAAGUGAUCCCUUGUGACCUUCAUAUCGUAAACCAGCAUAAAAUCCAUGCCGACAGCAAGGAAACGACCCCAAGGAGACCAGCUAAUGACUGAAUGGAUUGCACCAGGAGUGAGAGGGAGAAAGUGGUGGAGGUGUGGAUGCAUGUUGGCAGAAGGUUACACAAAGGGCUGUUUAUGAAACUGAGGGAUCACCAGUCCUGCAGCCAUUGACAGAUUUUUCAAAGAACACACCAGCAUCUGAAGCAGAGCAACCUGAGCUCGGAUCAACAACCUACUGAUGAAAGACCGCCCGUAGCAGCGAGCUGCUGGAGCUGCUGAGUCUGCACCAGCAUCUCCUCUCUGUACUGUCUUGGAGUAUGUUUAUUUUCAGAGGCAAAAAUUUUCUUGCAAGUCUUUUGAAACAUUAAAACCACAAAUUG